CUCAGUUGCAGAUGCUUGCCCUGUAAAAUGCUUUGCAAGAAACAAGAAAAACCCCAUUUCAGCUCUCUCUCUCUAGGUGGACCAUGGUUGACUGAACCAGACAAAGCUCCUACCCAUUGUCCAUACCCUCCUCCCUCCACAACCCAUUACCAUCAUUUAUUUUCUCACACCUUGAGCUCUUUUUGAUACCUUUUGUUUCCUUUUUUUUUUUUUUUUUUCAUUCGGAAAAGAUAAUGGUUAAUGGGCAUGCAAGAAUUGUUUGGUUGCUGCUACAAUGAAUCAGUGAUCGCAAUCUUUGCCCUGAAAAUGAGGGAAAGUGAGAGAAGAACUUUCAUAAAAAGAAAAUAGAAGGUGAACCAAGUGCUCUUGCUUCAUACAUUUCUUGCAAUUUUUUUCCAUGCUGUAACAUACAUUCAGAAAAUGAGGAAGCAUGGAUGGCAACUUCCCUACCAUCCUCUCCAGGUGGUAGCUGUUGCUGUAUUUCUGGCAUUGGGGUUUGCUUUCUAUGUGUUCUUUGCCCCUUUUGUUGGGAGAAAAAUGUUUCAAUAUAUCGUGAUGGGGAUUUAUACUCCUCUGAUUGUAUGUGCCUUUGGCCUGUAUAUUUGGUGUGCGGCAGCUGAUCCAGCAGAUGCAGGUGUCUUUAAGUCCAAAAAGUAUCUUAAUAUUCCAGAAGACAAAAAGGAUAUCCGACUCAAGGAAUCUAAACUAGGUGGGGACUCAACAUCGUCAAUACAUGAUGCAAAUGCUGCAACAACUGAAGGGAAACCUAUUCCACAAGGCAUGAAAGACAUGGAUGCAAAAUCAGAUGGUCAUACUACUGAAAUUGAUAAGAAUGCAUCAUCUCACCAGAAAUCUUGUUUUUUGCCCCUGUUGGCUUUCUUCCCUUGUGCUUUCCUGUGGAAAUGCUCGAGUUCACAUGAGGAAUCUUCUGAGCAACAAAUUAGCGAAGAUGGCAUGUUCUACUGUAGUCUCUGUGAAGUGGAGGUGUUCAAGUACAGCAAGCAUUGCAGAGUUUGUGACAAAUGUGUUGACUGUUUUGAUCAUCACUGCAGGUGGCUCAACAAUUGUAUAGGCAAAAGGAACUAUAGAAAGUUUUUCACCCUCAUGGUUUCUGCCCUUCUCCUGCUUAUACUUCAGUGGUCAAUUGGAAUCCUAGUAUUGAUAUGCUGUUUUCUUGAGCGCAAGAGAUACUCUAUGGACAUCACCUCCAAGUUAGGAAGCAGUUUCUCUCUGGUGCCCUUUGUUAUCGUGGUGGCAGUGUGCACCAUAUUGGCCAUGAUUGCAACCCUACCACUUGCUCAACUUUUCUUCUUUCAUGUUCUUCUCAUAAAGAAGGGAAUUAGCACAUAUGAUUACAUCAUAGCUUUGAGGGAGCAAGAACAAGGAAUUGGAGGUCAGCAAAGUCCCCAGAUGUCACCCGCUAGCUCUCUUACUGGUUUAAGCAGUGCAAGCUCUUUUAAUACUUUCCAUAGAGGAUCAUGGUGUACACCUCCACGCCUGUUUCUUGAAGAUCAGUUUGAUGUAGUUCCUCCAGACACUGGAUCUGUUAGUUCAAGAGGAAAAAAGACCACGGUGGAUGAGCCUAUCAAGAAAAAGAACCCUGCAGCUGUAAAAAUCAGUCCAUGGGCAUUGGCACGAUUGAAUCCAGAGGAGGUUUCAAAAGCUGCUGCAGAAGCAAGAAAAAAGUCCAAAAUCCUGCAGCCUGUUGCCAGACGAGAAGUCCCUUAUGGGCUUGCAAUGGGUGAUACCUUCGGCAGCAGUGGACACCGAAUGAUCCCAAGGCCUGAUAAUAACAGAAGGCGAUCCAGUAAGCGGGUUGGCUUCCCUGCUGAGCUACCACUUGAACCCCUGACCAAAGUUUCAAGUGAAGCCAGUGAAAACAACGGAAAUAUGAUUAUCGAGACAUCAACCAGUUUAGCACCUCUUCAGCUCGAAGCACGGAGUGCUUUCCGAACUAGCCGAGCUAUGUCCAGCUCAGCUGGAAUUGUUGCUUCUUCUUCUCCUGAAAGCAGUUUAGACUCUCCUGAUCUUCACCCAUUCCGAGUCUCCUCAUCAGGAGCUGAAGAGGCACGAAGACUCACCGGGUUAUCAGCUGCUGGUAUGGCUGCUCAGAAGGGCAUCCCACUGUCAAGGUCAACUAGCGAUGGAUAUGAAGCGUCUGGUGGGGAAGAUAGUGACCAAGUUCCAUCUAGGACUGUCCAGAGGUCAACAAACUGGAGUAACCUUCUCUUCCGCUCUGACCAGGAUGAGAGGGUUGCUAGAUUGAAGGCAUUAUCCUCGUCUAGCCAAGCCAAAAGCAGAAAACUUUGAACAACUGAACUUUACAGCAUUCAUAUACUUCAGCAAGGAGUAAAUUGCCCAAGAUUUUUUCAUUUGUUGGCGUAGAUUUUGUACAAGGAUCGAUUGAGCAUCAACUGGUGGGGGCUGAUUUCAUUGGUUCAUGACAUUUAACAUAUUGGAUCAAGGUUGCUUGGUGAAGACUGAUGAUAACCACAAGGGCUGUGAAGUUCUACAAAGAGACAUUUUUUACUUGAGCUUCCUUGCAGAUGGCAAGCUUUGCUUCUGUUUAUGCACACAUAACCUCUGUUGUCUAUCUGUGGGUUUCUGGGCAGUGCUACAGAAAAUCCAUAAUAGCUUUUUUCUUGUAACCUCUCUUCAUGAUAUGUUGGGGGUAUUAAUGGGUUCUUUCCAGUUUCUAAAAUGCCCUCUGGAAGAAGGUAGAUUCAACAGAGAGAGAGAGAGAGAGAGAGAGG